UCUGCAGUACCAGGAGCUGCACAUUCCACAUGCUGUCGUUUGCUGUGCAUUAACAACUUGCAAAUCUGUCUCCUCCCAUCAACAGACUCUUGUUCGGGUGAUCACUUUGUGCCUCCCAUCAACAAACGCAUGGCUACCAAGACUGACGACUCGUGUGCUGAUGCCGUACCAGCGCGUCUAGGCUCCCGGCAAAGCACAGGCUUGCUCUGAGACGGGGACACUGAGGAGGAUUUGAUUCAAGACACUUUCUCCCGCGGCAGCAGCACCACCCGCCCGUCCCAGGACCGAUGGCUUUGGCAUGCGAGUCCGCAGCUCGCAACCGGGUUUGAGGUAUCCGAGUUGAGCGGUGGCACCGCCGCGGGCUUCGCCGUCCCGGAGAGGGCUCCGCAGCCAGUGCCGAUGCUGCCUCCUCCACCCGCCAGCCCCUGCCACACCACCAGGUUGGUCUCAGUUCGGUUCCACCGGAUUCCGGUGGCCCCGCAGUCCCCCGGGACCGGCGGGAGGCGCCUGCGCGCUGCGGCCGCUCGGUGCCGGCCUGGGAGCUGGCGCCGCCCGCAGCCUCCUGCCGGCUUCUGCCUAUUUUAGUCACAGCGGCGGGACGCGGUGCUGGCGGUGCCGGGAGCGGCGAGGAGCGGUCCCCAGAGUCGGUCCCCGUCCCGUCUGGGCGGCCGGGAAACUUUCCGAGGCUCCCGGCACAGCAGGUGAAGCUGCAAAUGACACAUCCCAGGUCAAGACAAUGCAUGAACUGAUGAGAAACAGCACUGGCUUCUGAGAACAUCAGCUCCUGGCUGCUGGAAAUCCUUCCUGCCCAAACCGAGCAUGGCAUUAUGUGAUCAGUGAGCAGGGCUUGCAAGGAUGGAGAAGCAAAGGACCCUGAAAGCUGCACCUCAUAAAUAAACAUUUCCAUCACCCAGCUGAACUGAAAAACUCUUCCAGCCAUGGGAGAAAAUGGAAGCUUUUGGGAAAGCUUGAUCUAUGCCCAUCCAACAUGUGCCACCUGGAAGCAAGAGGCAGAGGGAUCCAUCUACCACCUAAGCAGCAUUCUCUUCGUUGUGGGCUUCAUGGGUGGAAGUGGAUUCUUUGGGCUUCUCUAUGUCUUCAGCUUACUUGGGCUGGGCUUUCUCUGCUCCUCUGUCUGGGCUUGGCUGGAUGUCUGUGCUGCUGAUAUAUUCUCCUGGAACUUCAUACUGUUUGCUAUCUGCUUCGUCCAGUUCAUUUACGUUACCUACCAAGUCCGGAGCGUUUCCUUUGACAGGGAAUUCCAGGAACUCUACAGUGCUCUAUUCCAGCCUCUAGGAAUUUCCUUGACUGUUUACAGGAAGAUUGUCUUGUGCUGUGAUGCAGAAGUGGUUACCCUGGAGAAGGAACACUGUUAUGCCAUGCAGGGCAAAACACCUAUUGAUAAACUGUCCUUGCUUGUGUCAGGCAGGAUCAGAGUGACAGUCGAUGGGGAGUUUCUGCAUUACAUUUUUCCUCUUCAAUUUCUGGAUUCUCCUGAAUGGGAUUCGCUGAGGCCCACAGAAGAGGGAAUCUUCCAGGUGACGCUGACAGCAGAGACAGACUGCCGGUACGUGGCCUGGAGGAGGAAGAAGCUGUACCUGCUCUUCGCCAAGCACCGCUUCAUCUCCCGCCUCUUCUCGGUUCUCAUCGGCAGUGACAUCGCCGAGAAGCUCUACGCCCUCAACGACAGGGUGCAGGUGGGGCAGGGCUUCAGGUAUGACAUUCGCUUGCCCAACUUCUACCACGUCUCCCUGCCGGAGACCCCUCGCCUGCAGCCCCCGCACCGCCUGCAGAGAGGCUCCCCCCGGCGCAAGCCCGCGGGGGUUACAAACUGCGGCUCCUAGGAGGGAGAGCCCCGCGGCAGCCGAUCCCGAGGGGAUGAAGGGAAGCGCAGAGCCGUGGAGCAGAGCGACACCCAGUCGAGCCCGAUUCGACUGCCAAGUGCCAUUCGCCUUUCCUUGGAGUAGCUUGAAUUCUUCUCUCCGGAGCCAGCGGGUUGGCUUCUGCGUUUGGACUGUCGGUGCAGUGUGCUCAGUUUCUGUUGAUCCUUCAUCUCCUCACUGCUGGAGGAAAACAAAUCAUCACAGGCUGAAGUUUUGUUGUAGCUGUGGUGGCCUCUGUGUUGUGUUUUUGGGUUCGUUUUGUCUUGUUUUUUAAACUGUUAUUUGCAGUUGUACUUUCUCAGAGUUAGUUGCCAUGCUGAGGCAUGGUCAGUUUGUAAUCAGUGCAAAUGAGGAAGCUGCUUCAGAGUGCAGCAGCUUGCUUCUAACUUCCAUAUUCAUAGACUCACAGAAUGGUUUGGGUUGGCAGAGACCUUCAGGAGCUUCUAGUUCCAACCCUCACUGCCCUGGGCAGGGACACCUCCCACUAGCCCCAGUUGUUCAAGGCCUCAUCCAUCCUGGCAUUGAACACCUCCAGGGAGGGAGCAUCCACAGCCUCCCUGGGCAACCUGUGCCAGUGUCUCACCACCUUUACUGUCAAGGAUUUAUGCCACUUUGUCUUAGUUAACAUGAAGAAUAUUGCAGAAAAAGACUGAGACACCUUUUGUGUUUGUUUUGGGUUUCAAAGGAAUGAAACUGCACAGCCAGACCCUUAAAAGCAAAGAAACAGCAAAUUCCACCCCAUGAGUGCCUCUCUGACUGUCCUAAAGAGACAUUAUGUGAAAAGAAAUAUCAAUGUAGCUGCUGGCAUUGGAAAAGUAAAGCUGCUGCAGACAGGGGAAUGGUUGUGUCGUGUUUCUGACAGGAUGUGAUGCCAUAGGAGCUGCAUAGGACUCAGGCUUGCACAGUGUCAGUGCCAUCUGUGACCUACACAGCAAACACUGUUCAGCAGUCAGCUGCCAAACAGCUGGAGUUAGUUUGGCAAUGUUCUUUUCAGCCAGGUUUGUCAGGAGGAGCCUAAAGACCAAGCCACAGCAAUAAGCAGAGUUUUGACUGAAACGUUCUCGUUCAGCUUCCAGAGUCACAUUUCUGUGCCUAGCAAUGCUUGAUUUGAAAAGGCAUUUUCUCCCUCUUUCAUUCUGUGGUGGUGUAGUGGGUAAAGGCAGCACCAGCUCAUGCUUCAGUAGGAGAAAGCUAUUUUUGACCCUCGAGGUCACUGUGCCUUUGGGAGAAGUGUCUGGACGCCUUUGCCAAGUCACCUUCCUGCUGCUGUGCCCUGGUGCCUGCCAGUAUCAAAAGGGAAGAAGCAUUACUGUUUUAUGAGCCUCUAUUGCUGCUUGGUGCAUCU